AUGAUUGUUAUUUCACUUUUUUCUAAAAUUAUCGCAACCUUCAUUUUAAUUAUUUAUUCAAUCACAUUGGUUGAAGCACAAUUCAAUUGUCCUUCAACACCAAGUUCUAAAGAAGACCUGCAAACUUUCAUUGUUCAACUUUCCUCACCGGAAAAAGCAAUUGAUCACUAUGAUUUUUUAAAAUCUUGUUUUAAUAAAGAAAUUAACGACAAUAUUGAUCAAUUGAUUGAUCAUACCGUUAUAAAAAUUGCUAGUUUUGGAUCAUUCAUUUGCUACAUCGGACAGUUUAGCCCUAGCGAAGCUGCUGUAUUGGCUAGUUCACCCGGGGUUAUUCGUGUCGAAAAUGACAAAACCGCUAAUCUUUUUGCUCCUACUGGAACAAAUCUUACUCUCGGUCCUGUUGGAGGAAAUGGUAAUCUUUGUACUUCUCUUACAGAAUUCCAGGCCCCUCCUAAUCUGGAUCGUAUUGACCAAAAAUCUCCUCCAUUGGAUGGAAAAUAUAGAUAUCCCGCCACUUCUGGUUUAGGAGUAAAUGUUUAUAUUGUUGAUACAGGUAUUAAUACAGCUAAUUCAGAAUUUGGUGGACGAGCAAAGCUCGGGCCUGCUUACUGUGAUGGAUGUUCAAACGUUGAUGAUACUGGCAUGUCUAUAGGUGGUGGCUUUUCACAAAUUUUAAAUAAUGUAACCGAUCAGCUUGUUAAUGCGGGUGUACAUGUCGUUGCCGCUGCUGGAAAUAGUGCAACAGAUGCUUGUAAUAUUUCACCAGCAUCAGCACCUAAUGGGAUUGCAGUUGGUGCUACUGAAACUAGAACAGAUGCCACUGCAGAUUUCUCAAACUUUGGACGAUGCGUCUUUAUCUAUGCUCCAGGUACAAACAUCACAGCGGCCGGAAAUAGUGCUAUUACCGCUUUAGCAACAUAUUCAGGAACCAGUCAAGCAGCUCCUCAUGUCGCAGGAACAGUUGCUUUGAUAAUUGCAAAAGACGGAAAUAAAUCUCCAGCUGAAAUGAAGGUAGAACUUGAUAAAUUAUCAACAAAAGGUAUAGUUACGGGUAAUGUUAGUCGUACAGAUUUAAACAACAGAUUUUUACGUCUUCCAGAUUGUAGUAAAUAG